CUACCAAUUGCAUCAAUUGUUGGACCCCUAUACGUGGCAUGAAGCACGAAUCCUCUUCCUCGUCAGCCAUUUUGACUUGUAGUAUUAAGUCUGAGGACGUAGUUAAUGUGUUAGUGUUUUGUGAAGAAAUCUACCUUUUUAAUCUUGAAACGUAUUCUAUUAUAUAAUAAACUGCCAACAUGGGGAAUGUGUUUGCAAAUCUCUUCAAGGGCCUAUUUGGCAAGAAAGAGAUGAGGAUAUUGAUGGUGGGUUUAGAUGCAGCAGGAAAGACUACAAUUUUAUAUAAACUGAAGUUAGGUGAAAUAGUUACUACAAUCCCAACUAUUGGGUUUAAUGUUGAAACAGUGGAGUACAAGAACAUCAGUUUUACGGUGUGGGACGUGGGCGGUCAGGAUAAAAUUCGACCGCUCUGGCGACAUUACUUCCAGAACACACAAGGCUUGAUCUUCGUAGUUGACAGCAACGACAGGGAGCGUAUUGGGGAGGCGCGGGAAGAACUCAUGAGAAUGUUAGCAGAAGAUGAACUGCGAGAUGCUGUGCUGCUUAUAUUUGCAAACAAACAGGAUCUGCCAAAUGCCAUGAAUGCAGCAGAAAUAACAGACAAGCUGGGCUUGCAUUCACUGCGAAACCGCAAUUGGUACAUCCAAGCGACGUGUGCCACCAGCGGCGACGGCUUAUACGAGGGACUCGACUGGUUGUCCAACCAGCUGAAGAAUGCCAAUCGUUAAGUCUCGCCACCACGAGUAUGAAGCAGCCAACUGCUCCGAUGCAACAGCCUUGGGAAGAAAAUUUCAGAGUUGGAGACACACAAUCACAUCGGAAAUGUUCGUUUUGAAAGUAGAUUCUAGCGGUAAAAUAAGUAUUUCUUUUUCUUUUCCUGCACAGAGUGCGAUCGGAGGUUUCGUAGAAAGUUCCUGUUAACUCGCGUUCAGGAGUUGGGAAUAUUUAUUUUAUAGCUAGAGGUCUUGAAGAUGUUCUAGCUACAUUGAUCGUGUUUGCCACGGAUCAUUAUCACAACAUCCACAUUUCCUAAAAUUUCAUGGACGUGUAUCUUAAUUUGCUGUACAAUUAUUAAAUGUUGGUAUGAGAGACCAUGUUUCAAUUUUACAACAUAUGUCUAAUUACGUGUUUUUGGUGCUUUCAUCUUAAAGCAUAGAGUUUAAGAGCCGAGCUAUGAAAAUUGUCCGUGGAUCAUAGGAAUUGUGAUACUUCUUUGUGGCAUUUGUGUUGAUGGGACAGCCUGGAAUGGGGGCCUAGUGUGUGUUUGUGUGUAUGGGAAACUGUAGACAGUAAUAUUGCCAGAUGGAGCGUGCAUGCAAAACAGUUUCAUAAUUAGUUAACUACAGUUUUUGAUUUGGUUGCAUUCUCCCCUUAAGGCAUUGGACCUGUUAACCAUUUUAAUGGGACUUGAAAUUAUGAAAGUGAGCAUCUUUGGUGUUUACUUAUGUGGGUGGUGAAGAAGGAAGUGGGAUGUGUUUGCGAGCAGAACUUGGAACAGAAAGCAAGACCAACAACAAUUUAGUCCCUCCCUUUUAAAAAGGAAUGAAGAAAAUACCAAUAUAAUGCGCUGCAUUCUACUAGCUACAUGCCUGGCAAUUUUUACAGAUCGAAGAACGGAGAAAAUUCUUGGUUUAAUCGAACGAUGACUGGAAGGUGAAUUUAUUGUAAUUCUCAUGAGCUGUGCUUGUAAGACUUUUUCGUGGGUGGAAACUGGUUAAUAAUAUAGUUAUAAUACAUCAACCAAGAUUAAUUUUCGUAUCUGUUCUCUUCUUAAUGUUUUCUGUGUCCAGUUACACGAUAUAAAUACGGAAAUACUAUAGAUAUAUCGAUGGUUGAAAGACUGAUGUCUUGGUUGCUGAAGUUCUUCAGAUGAGAUAUUUUCCAAUAGAAUUAUUGAAGGUUAGUGGGGGGGGGAUUAAUAAAGCUAUGUUGUAAAUGAAUUCCAGUUUAAUAUGUUGAAGAAAGUUCACUUGAAAAUUUAAAAUUUAGAAGAAUGUAGGUGCUGGAUUUUUUUAAAGGGUUAUAAGUUCUGGUCUCUUCUUGUGAGAUCCAAAAAUUUGGUAUCAUAGUAUAAAUACUUGGAAGAACAUGUAGAACUCCAACAACUAAAGUUGACAUUCCGCGGUUUUGUUUGGUGUUGUCAAAGAAAAUCCUGUUUUUCACUGUAUUUUGCUGCCCUUAUAUUUUAUGUGGCUGUCUUGAGAGAACUGAAAAUCCUUGGUUGCAGUUUUGAAUGAGGAAGCCUGUAAGAUGACUGACAAAUACUGAAAAAGACAAGUGUUAAUGGCGAAGGGCUUACUUUGGUGGUAUUGCAUCACAUUCACACAAUUUUGUCACUUUUAGUUGGCGCGCUCAUUCUUUGUUUUGGUGCUGCCAGGAAUUUCACCUUGACCACUGUUUGGGUUAUGUCACAGAUUAAAUCAUUACGUUUGUUUUUGUUUGUAGUUGAAAGGUAAUUCAAAUUGAUAACCUUUUUGAAGUAUGCACUCAUGUAAGCAUGUCAUACUCGUGAAUGUGCGUUCUGUUAAUGUUUGAUUGGUUUCAGUUCUAUGAUGAUGUGUCCACAGGACAUUUUCUGUGUUUUGUAACUAAAUUGGUUGUGUAGAGUUUUGCAAGUAAUUGACUGACAGUGAUGGGAAAAUAGUGCCAGCUCUGGUUUGUGAUUAUUAUUAUUAUAUUCUGGAGCCACUUCUCUUACAAUUGGACUUGUGUUUCUUCUCGCUCAUGUUCAGAAGCCAUUGGUCAAGUAUGUAUAAACAGCAGCUUUCAAAGGGUCAUAAUAAAUUAUAACAAUAUA